AUGGACCUGGGGCCGAUGCGCAAGAGCUACCGCGGGGACCGCGAGGCGUUUGAGGAGGCGCAGCUGAGCUCUCUGGAUCCCCUGAAGCAGUUCGCUGCCUGGUUUGAGGAGGCCGUUCAGUGCCCUGACAUAGGGGAGGCCAACGCCAUGUGUCUGGCCACCUGCACCAGAGAUGGGAAGCCCUCUGCCCGCAUGGUGCUGCUGAAGGGCUAUGGCAAGGAUGGCUUCCGCUUCUUCACUAACUUCGAGAGCCGGAAGGGAAAAGAGCUGGACUCUAAUCCCUUUGCCUCCCUCGUCUUCUACUGGGAGCCCCUGAACCGCCAGGUGCGUGUGGAGGGCCCCGUGAAGAAGCUGCCGGAGGAGGAGGCGGCCAGCUACUUCCACUCCCGCCCCAAGAGCAGCCAGAUCGGGGCCGUGGUCAGUCAGCAGAGCUCCGUCAUCCCUGAUCGGGAGUAUCUGAGAAAGAAAAACGAGGAAUUGGAGAAGCUGUACCAGGAGCAAGAGGUGCCGAAGCCAAAAUACUGGGGUGGCUACGUCCUGCACCCACAAGUGAUGGAAUUCUGGCAAGGCCAGACCAACCGCCUGCACGACCGCAUCGUCUUCCGGCGGAGCCUGCAGACGGGGGACACCCCUUUGGGGCCCAUGACCCACCAAGGGGCGGAAGGCUGGCUCUACGAGAGGCUGGCUCCCUGA